UCGAUGCUUCGGCUAGGUGGGCUGGUCGGGGGCACCGACGGGCAAGGGUUAAGGCUUGGAUUCUGAACAACCACUUUCGAAUAUAUAAGGAUAUGGUCGUCACCGUGUUGCAGAGUUUUGGAAAAUCAUCAGCUUCAACUUGAGCAUUCGGCAUCUACUCACCUUCUUUUUCCAACUUCUACCUUCUUUACCAAAGCUUCAUCGACUGAAGCCUCUCAUUCUUUUACCCGCAAUCUUUGACAUCACAACACUCCUUCAAUCCGCCAGUCGGUCAAUCAACACCAACAACUAACCACCAAAUCAAUCAAGAUGCCUUCCUUCACUUCCAAGUCUCUUCUUGCCGUCCUCGCCGGCGCGGCCUCCGUUGCGGCCCACGGUCACGUUAGCAACAUUGUCAUCAACGGUGAAUACUACCGCGGCUUUGACAGCAGCCUCAACUACAUGGCCAACCCCCCUGCUGUCGUUGGCUGGAAGGCCAACAACCAGGACAACGGCUUCGUUGGCCCUGAUGCUUUCUCCUCGCCCGACAUCAUCUGCCACAAGGAUGCCACCAACGCCAAGGGCCAUGCCGUCGUCAAGGCCGGUGACAAGAUCUCCAUCCAGUGGGAGACCUGGCCCGAGUCUCACAAGGGUCCCGUCAUCGACUACCUCGCCAACUGCGGCGCCUCCGGCUGCGAGACCGUCGACAAGACCUCUCUCGAGUUCUUCAAGAUCGACGAGGUCGGCCUCGUCGACGGCCAGAAGUGGGGUUCCGACCAGCUCAUUGCCAACAACAACAGCUGGCUCGUCGAGAUCCCUCCCACCAUCGCCCCCGGCUUCUACGUUCUCCGCCACGAGAUCAUCGCCCUCCACUCCGCCGGCCAGGAGAACGGCGCCCAGAACUACCCCCAGUGCUUCAACAUCCAGGUCACCGGUUCCGGUACCGAGAAGCCCGCGGGUGUUAAGGGUACUGCCCUCUACAAGCCCGAUGACGCCGGUAUCCGCGUCAACAUCUACCAGUCCCUGAGCAGCUACUCCAUUCCCGGCCCUGCCCUCAUCAAGGGUGCCGUCAGCGUCGCUCAGUCCCACUCCGCUGUUAUCGCCACCGCUACUGCCAUUACCGGUCUUGGUGAUGCUCCCGCUGCCACUGCCGCCCCUGCUGCCACCACUGCCCCCGCCGCUGCUCCCGCUGUCACCACCACUGCGGCCGCUGCUGCCCCCACCAAGCCUGCCACCACUGCUGCUGCUCCCCAGCCUACCAAGCCUGCUAAGAGCGGCUGCCAGAAGCGCCGUGCCGCUCGUCGCGCUGCUGCCCUCGCUCGCCGCCACGCCCGUGACGUCGCUUUCCUCGACUAAGCGAUUGCAUAUAAUGUCUUUUUUAAAGGAUGGAAAUAUGGAGACAUGUUUGAAUGGAAAGACAGCUAUGAGGA